AUGUCAAUUAAAUCUUCAUUCACUCCCUACCUUCCAAAGGAAUAUUUUUUAAGAAAGAAAAGAAAUGGCGAGGACAAAAGUAAAGCGCCGAAUGGAUUUUUAAUAUUUCGAGCAUGCUCCGUAGCAAAAUGGAAAAAGUCGCAUCGUAAAUUAGGUGACGCUCGUGACAUUUCUCGUCUUGCUAGCAAUGAAUGGAAAAGGUUACCUAAACACGAAAAAGAGAACUACAAAAAGUUUUCGAACGAAAUAAAAAAGUCUUUGCCACUUAAACCUUCUGAAGUCCACUAUAAAAACUUACGCAAAUCCUACCAAAACGAAAAUUUUGCUCUUCAGUUGGAUCAACUUGCAGACGAAUCCACACAAACUUCUGCUCCUCAAUCUGGCCAAUUUUCCAAUUGUCGAGAUAAAUCCAUCCAAAAUUCUACUCAACUUGCCGGCUAUCAAGACGAAUUCACACAAGUUCCUGCUCUUCAACUUGGCCAAUUUCAUGGCAAAUUCGUCCAAAAUUCUACGCUUCAGCCUAAUCAAUUUUCUAAUUAUCAAGAUGAAUCCACACAAAUUACUGCUCCUCAAUCUGGCCAAUUUUCCAAUUAUCAAGUCAAACCCAUCCAAAAUUCUACUCAACUUGCCGGCUAUCAAGACGAAUCCACACAAGUUCCUGCUCUUCAAUUCGGCCAAUAUUCUACGCUUCAGCCUAAUCAAUUUUCUAGUAAUCAAGACGAAUCCAUACAAAUAACUGCUCCUCAAUCUGGCCAAUUUUCCAAUUAUCAAGACAAAUCCAUCCAAAAUUCUACUCAACUUGUCGGUUAUCAAGACGAAUCCACACAAGUUCCUGCUCUUCAACUUGGCCAACUUCAAGACAGAUUCGUCCAAAAUUCUACGCUUCAGCCUAAUCAAUUUUCCAAUUAUCAAGAUGAAUCCACACAAAUUACUGCGCCUCAAUCUGGCCAAUUUUCCAAUUAUCAAGUCAAACCCAUCCAAAAUUCUACUCAACUUGCCGGCUAUCAAGACGAAUCCACACAAGUUCCUGCUCUUCAAUUCGGCCAAUAUUCUACGCUUCAGCCUAAUCAAUUUUCUAGUAAUCAAGACGAAUCCAUACAAAUAACUGCUCCUCAAUCUGGCCAAUUUUCCAAUUAUCAAGACAAAUCCAUCCAAAAUUCUACUCAACUU